AUGUCAACCACCAACAGUGAAUUGUCUACCCUAACUCAGCAACAAGAACUUGAUUCAAAACUUGGGACCACAUCACGCAUUCCUAGGCUAACUGAUGCCAACGACUUUCCCGAGUGGAAGUGGCGCUUUGAACAGCAUCUUAAGGUUAAAGAUUACAAGCUAUGGCGCAGCAUCUUGAGGGGACCUAGGGAAAUUAUGAUGGAAAGUCCUACAGAACCUGAUGUUAAAGUUAAGAAGCCUCGAGAACAAUACACUGAAGAUGAUUUGCUUAUUGUUGAAGAAGAUGAUCGAGCUUUCUCUUACUUGACCAUGGGUUUGGGUCCUAAUAUUGCCAUGGGCUUUCGCACCUGCAAAUCUGCCAAGGAACUGUGGGACUCUCUGGUAGAAGUGUAUGAAGGUAACGAAGAUAUGAAAGAAAGUCGAAGGAACUUGCUGCAACAAAAUUUCAACAAUUUCAACCAUAUUUAUGGUGAAACAGUAGAUAAUCAGAUCCAAAGGUUUGUCAAGCUGGUGACUCAAAUGCAGAUGGAAGAAAUUCAUACCUCAAACGCCUCCACCAACAGACAACUUCUCAAUGCUUUGCCCAAGAGUUGGGAUCAUCAUGUUGCUAUGAUCAAGAAGACUAAAGAUCUUGCAAGAUGCACCCUGUCUGAGAUGAUCUCGCACAUCAAAGCUUGUGAAUUGGAUGACAAGCAGAGAGAGACUAACUACAAGAACAGCAUGCUGGCUGCCGGUUUCUCAAUAGCUCCAACCACGUCUAGCGACAGCAACACAGCUCUUCUAUCACAAGGAGGAUUUCAGAUGUUUCGCAAUAAUUCCUCUGUCUCUCAAUCUGGAUCCUCAAAUCAAAUCGUCUCUUCAGCUUCUCCAGCUUCAGUUCAAAAUGCUGGAAAGGCUUCUGCUGCUGCCUCUGCUUCUGCUCACUCUACGAACAAUGAGAUGAUGGCAUUUUUCGCAAGUCAGUCAAAGGAAAAGCUAGACAUAGCAGCUUCUGUAAUCAACUGUUUGAAUGCUUUUCUUGCAGGGAAGCUUGAUCCACCAAAGUGGAGUCAAGAUGAUUUGUCACAGAUUCAUCCAGAUGAUGUUGAAGAAAUGGAUAUCACCUGGCAAAUGGCAAUGGCGGCAUUCAGAGCUCAAAAGUUUGUGAAGAAAACGGGUAAAAACAGGUGGGGUAACGCUUGGAAUGGAGCUUCUAAAGUGCCCUUCAAUCUUCGCUGUUUCAACUGUCAUGAGGAAGGACACUAUGCUAGGAACUGCCCGAAGCCACCCAUGAACAGAGAUCAGAAUCCUACUACUCCUGCACAACCAGCUACUCCUAAUCGAGAAAGGGCUCUUGUGUCUACUACAAGUAUAGCAGAUGCAGCUGCCUCUGGAAGUCCACAGCCGCAGGGAUUAGCACAAGCGCUGGUGGUGCAGCCAAAUGUCAACUUUGACUGGUCUUCUGAGAUUGAGCGUCUGAACAUAUCAGCUCCAGAUAAUCAAGCUGCAACUUCUAACAUUGCUUUCAUGACCUCAAACGAGCAUGACCCUGAGCCACAGGAAGAGACUGCUGCUGACGAUUUCGCUUUCAUGACUCAAAUCCUGUCAGCACCUGUCAAAGGUCUCACCAAAGAAGAGAUGAUAGCUCAGAAGUAAGAUGUGAUGAUGUUCAUGGGAGUGAACCAGUUAUUGUUUCAAACGUUUCUGAACCUUAUUUUGAAUAUUAUUCUGAACCAACUGAGUCU